UCCGGAUCCCUGUCUGUGGAUUAGAUGUUUGCGUAUUCUCCACUGCCCAGUUUGUCGUCUUUCUUCCACCGCAAGCCGUGUGUUUGAGGGAUCUGUCAAUUAAGCCUCACCACUGAGUCUUCACGGUCGCGGUCUUCUGUCGGGUGGAAAUCCCUGGCACCUAGACCGCAAAUAUGAGCAUCGAUGAGUCUCGGGUGACGCUGCGAGGCUUCAACACUGACGACCUUGCGGGGUUUUUAGGAUGGGCCACGGACGACGAGGUCACUAAAUGGCUGAUGUGGGACUCGUACACAUCGGAACAAGACGCCCUCAACUAUCUCCAGCAUGUCGCCAUCCCGCAUCCGUGGAUCAAGGCUAUCUGCGUGGACGGCAAGGCGGCGGGGUCCAUACAGGUGGAGCGCGGGACAGGGUACAAUGCCUGCAGGGGCGUGAUGGGCUACUGUCUCGCGAGGAAUUACUGGGGCAGGGGCGUGGCCACCAUCGCCGUGAAGAAAAUGCUGACCCUCGCGUUUCAAGGAAUGGACAUCGCGAGGGUGGAGGCUUUGGUCAUUCAAGACAACAUCGCCUCGCGGCGGGUUCUAGAAAAAGCAGGCUUCAAGCUCGAAGGCGCGAUGCUUAAAUACCUUCUCAUCAAGGGUAAGAAGCUGACCGAUUGCUUUUUACUCGCUACUUACGCACCCGACCAUGCCGUAAAUCCUCCUCCGUCUUGACCUCCUUCAUCUAAUCACCAUGCUUCCAAGCACACAGUCCUGCAAGCACGCAAUCCUGCAGUAGAAGUUGUUGGAGCGGCUUCGCAUCCAUUCUAGAUUUAGAUGCUGCAGCAGCCGAAAUGAGCUAAACCAAGCAUGACCAACGCUUCACUUGCAUCAGUCGACAAAUGUUGGAGGGCUUGGAAAUCGAUGCUUCGAUGUGGAGUAGGUUUCGUCGUAGCUUCACCCUUCUUCACACACAUUCCUCUCCGUCGCUGUUCCUGCUCAUGCGAACUGCAAUUUUAGGGUUUCUGUUGCAAAUGUUCCUAAAGUGUGCAUUUAUUAACAUUCAAAGAGGAAUUGGGUUGUUUGAAUUUGACGAAAUCUUGUUUUAAAGUCUAUGAAUGCAAUUGUUAUGUGCCUAGAAAAUAAGUAAAGAUACAUUUCUUUUGUAAAAA